UGCCGGCGUACCGCGAGCACGGCCUGGCGCGCUUCGGACCGGACGGUGCCGUGUACAGCGCCGACGCGCUGCCCGUGCUGGAGCGCUGUCGGCGCACGCCGCUGCACGCCGACGACCUCUGGGUGUUGGCGUCGCCCAAGUGCGCAGCAGGGCAGCGAUGCCGUGCCGCCGGCUGCUGCAGCCGAUCGACGGCAGGCCGCGCCCUCGGCUCGUGAACACCCACCUGCCGCUCAGCCUCUGCCCGCCCGGCCUGCUCGACACGUGCAAGGUUAUCUACGUGGCGCGAAACCCGAAGGAUGCGUGCGUCUCCUACUACAAGAUGUUGAUGUCAGACAGCACACUGAGCCCCGAGACGACCAUUGAAGACUUCGUCACGCUGUACAACGAAGGAAAGAUGGUCUGCUUGCCGUUCUUCCCAAACGUGCUGCAGGCGUGGCGCCAGCGGCAGCACCCCAACAUGCUGUUCCUCACAUUCGAGGAGAUGAAGCGGGAUCUGCGAGCCGUCAUCGAGCGAACGGCCGAGUUCCUGGGUAAGAAACUGACGGCCGAGCAGCUGGACAGGCUGCAGCACCACCUUAGCUUCGAGAGCAUGCGGAAGAACAAGUGGGUCAACAAAGAGGACAGGAUCAAGGGACAAGAGGGAGCAGACGGUGAGCGUCUGUCCUUCAUGAGAAAGGGUCAGACGGGCGACUGGAAGAACCAUCUGAGCGACGAAACGUCGCAGGAGAUGGACCGCUGGAUGGAGGAAAACCUACACGGCACUGGGCUCACAUUUGUUGCCGAGGCACGGCAGCAGUAGUCCGUACAGCGACCGCGCCGUUCGAAGCGGGGUUCACGGCACCACAGCGUGCCGAAAUCACGUGCAAGCGGCAUGUGGUGGCACAAGCGGCGCAGCGGCGCAGCGCCGCUUGUGCAAGCGGGCCAAUGCGAUAAUUUCUUUUGUAUGUGCAUGUGUGUGUGUGGGGGGGGGGGGAGCUUUCAGAAGGAAGGGCCCUUUGUCAGCUGUGUCUCCCCCCCCCCCUACACACACACAUUGCCAAAAUUGGCUGCGCCCCCGUGUGGGCGAGCUCAUUGAUGAACAUCGAGUAUGCGUGCAUAGGCAAAAUCGCAUGGCCACUGAAGAGCCAGCUCAGCUAACAACAUUGUUAAACCAGCCUGUGUUCCACAUAACAUUGCGCUUACGGGACCUUCAUUUGCAACACCUUCGCACAGAAGCGGGUGAGCGUCGCUUUCUCUUUAGAGGCACAAUAGCUCAGAACAUUGUCCGUCAGAAGUACAGCAGGCUCAAGCACGUGCUUUUUAACGAACGGGGAAAAGGUAUUUUCAACACGAGGGCAUCUCCCUGGGCGUAUCUAGGAAAAGCUUGAUAGCCCUGCUCCGAACUGGUGCGCGGAGUGUUUGUGCUCUGUUUUACAUGAACUGAAAUGUCUAUCGAUGCAAUUUUUGAAUCGAGAACCCGCGAGUAAACGGAUGUGAUAAUCACAUAUAUCUUGCAUACUCUACACACUACCAAAACAUAUAAUUUGAUAUGCACACCACACAUUACCAAAGCAUAUAAUCCCAUAUUAUAACCACCACAUUUAUAAACACCACAUUGCAUAUUAUAAACACCACACAUUACCAAAGCAUAUAAUCGCAAAUUAUACGCAGAUUUCACUUUUCGGCGUGUUAGAAGGAGAGGUGUAAUUCCACCCCUUCAUCUUCACAACGCAGGCACGUUUAUAACAAGCAGAUGCAAAGUGUUAGGUUUUCACUUGUUUUUCCUCAAAAUAUGAGUCUGUUUUUUUAGGACUCCCACAGUUUUCAUGUCCUCACUCAUUUGAUGCCCCAAUGUGCGGCAUGUCGUCAUUAAUUUCGCCGGUAACGAUUACACCGUUCCGAGAAACUUCGCCCGCCACAAAUCGUCACGCGCGCGUCAACACCAGCGGAACGGUGUAUGUUUAUCGUGUGAACACAUGUGAGCCCUCGGACCAGCCGGCUAUGUGUCGUUAUCGCGCUGCGUGACCCUCGCUCUUCGCCACAUGCAAAUGUCUAUGGUUCUGUUUACCAGCUAACUUUCCAGCCAAUCGCUGCACAGCACCCGCGUAGCCGGUCCGAGCAGUACAAAUCCGGACUGAACUGGUUUUUCAACCGCUCCUGACGCUGAAUCACGCGCGUAAUGUAGUUCUCGGUGAUGCUGUUUCUUGGUCCUACGUAUCCGUUACCCGCCCGCUCGUCUCGCCGUAAAAGUGAUUGCUUUAGGUGGUGUACUUUGCUCCUAUGCCGACCCAUAUUUGUGAGGCCACUAUGCACUGAUAUGUCGGAAUUAGGUUUAAUAUCGGCUGUCACUUGGGGUGCGUUCUUUCAUCCCACUAUGCAGACAAUCAUACGUGAGGCGCGCCUGGACCGACACGAGCGCGCAUGCGUGACCCGAAGCCCUAAUUUGUGGUGGAGAAUGGUGUCGUGAGCAAUCGUCGCCGGUACGAUGGGAUCAGUUCAUUAUUGUAGUGCGUUCUGCUCUCUUUGGGCUGUUCUCAAGUGCACUUCCCAGUCGCACUCAGUUUCACUGGCCACACCAAUGUAUGCGAGCAGGCGUCUGCCUGAUUUCGCCUCAGUGCUGUCGAAUACAGAAGCUCGGUUCA